AUGAAGAUUGAUCUAAAUAAGGUAGCUCGUAAGAUCGAGGUCGAUAACUGUAAUCCUCUCCGUAACUACUACCGCAUCGCCGAUAAUCUUCUCCGUCAGAUUAGUAUGUGUACUUAUGAGACUUUUGUAUAUAUUCUUCCAUUGAAGAGCUACAAGUUUUGUUCUUUCUCUCGCAGUUUGAUUUCUGAAACCGUUCCUUUCCAUCAAGAUUACCAGGCAUCGCUUCCACAAGCCAGACUUGGGAGUAGGAAGAAGUUGCGGUCUGUAAUCAAUGAGCUCGAGUCUCUGAAACCGGAAUUCGACUGUCGUGUGGAUGAACUGAACAGAGAAGAUGAUGAAUCGCAUCGGAUUGGAAGUGACUUCCCUGUUGUAUCAAGAGAUGCUGUUAAAUGGCCUCCUGUCCACAGAGAUCCUUACUCUAGACCUGAUAUUAAGAAGGUUCAAGACUUUAAAGUUUCAGUUUAG